AUGGACCGCGCAAAUGGAGCCGGCUCUGGCGCGGCCAGCAGGGCCGAGCGAUUCGAGGAUGAGAAGCGACGCAUAAUCGAGAGCUGCUUCAGCAAAAAGAACCAAGAUGGCUCCAUGAUUGAGACCUACAUUACCCACAUCCGAAUUACAGAAUACUCGACACACCCGACGUCACCCCCUCCUCCCCAAGCUCGCACGCCGGAUUCCGAGAAGCCUCGAGUCAUCAUCGUCGCCGUCCGUCAAUCGGGCCGUGUGCGCAUGCACAAAUCCAAAGAAAAUGCCAACGGAACCUUCUCAAUCGGCAAGACCUGGAAUCUCGAUGAUCUUACCCUCAUUGAAUCCUACACUGGGCCCCAAGUCAACCCAAGCCUGCGGGAAUGGGCUGGGGAGACUGGCUUUACAGUGACACUGGGAAAACAAUACUAUUGGCAAGCUCAGACCGACAAAGAAAAGAAGUUCUUCGUCGCAAGCUUGAUAAAAAUUUACAGCAAGUAUACUGGUGGCAAGGUUCCAGAGUUGAAUGGCUUCGACCAGAGAGAGCACGACCAAGUGAUUGGAGCAGGCAGACGCCCACCCCCCAGACCAAAUGCGACGCCGACUCCUCAGCCGCCCCCCGGACCGGACUCGGCUCCUUCGUCUGCUCUAUCGACGCCCUCGAUUGUCCCGCGCCAAGGAACCCCCGACUCCUCCAGGUUUCAAAAAGCGCCCUUCCGCCCUCCUUUGAAUGGCGCAAGCUCCCCAGCGAGCAGUUUUGAAUCCCCAGUAAACAGGGAGCGAUCGGACCGACCACCACCGCCACGAUGGGCCGCACAAACCAAUAGAAGUCAGGAUUCCUUUGCUACGUCCAUGUCGGCCUCAGCACGGAGCGAUGACACCGUCAACCAGCCCCCCCGAUCGCGCAACGGGCCCAACGUACCACCUGUUCCUGGCAGGUUUGGCGACCCCAAUGCUCCAGAACAGCCACCCACUACGCCUCAGGGCUCUGAUGUCCCUCCUCCGGAACGUCGUCGACCUCCGAUGGAUCCCUCGCGCCCCAAGGACAGAGACGUUGUACCGCCGCCACUGAACAGCCCGAUAAAUAAGAAAGAGCCGGUGUACCCACCGCCCCGGAGCAGCGAUCGAAAUUCACCCAUGAAAGGCCCAGCCGGCCGUGCUUUGGAGGGCGAAUCUUCUCCCGAACUGCCGAAACCUCCUGUCAUGGCUUCCCCGGCACUGUCACGGGUAAGGAGCGAAAGCGACUCCAUCUCCCAGUCCGAUGAAGCCGCGCAGUCCCCGCCCCCUACUGCCACCGAAUCUUCAGAUGAGUCACGACCUGGUUUGGGACCCAUGAUCAAAUCGAAGAGAUCGAGAGGUGAUAUUGCCGGCGUGUUCUGGAAAGCCGCCAAUGCUGCUUCCGCUGCUUCAGCGUUCAAACCGCGCCCUGGCGGCGCGGCAGAAAGGCUGCGAAUGGCUCAGCAGAAGACGACUGAUGGCCCCGAUGGGAUUACUGGCGUUGUUCCAGCGCCCCCGCGUCCAGUGUCAAGAGAUAACCGGCCAGAGACACCCGAGCCUUCCUCAGCAACAUCUAGUGCUGCGCCUACUGCUGCUGCUGCUGCUUCUGCGCCUGUCCUCCAGUCCAACUUGGCUGCUCCCUCCCCUCCGCCCUCUGCACCCGUGCCACAACCUCUUGAGCCCACCGUACCCGAGGUAACGGUCACGCCUACGCCGCCCUCUGUGGUAGAACCGCAAGAGCCCAAGGGCCCUAGCGAAGCUGCUGUCAAAAUUGCAGAAGAGGCGGCCAAGGAAAAGGCAGCCCGGGCCAUCGCGGCUGGCAACGACUCAAGAUAUCUUCAAGCACUCGGAGUUGACCCAACACUCUUGGAUGGGCGAAGUCAAGAAUUUGGCAAAUGGUUGGAUUACUUUGGCUGGGUCCCUGGCGAGAAAAUGCGCUCUCACAAUGUCGAAGAGCUGAAAGUCGACAUUGACAGAGAGCUGAACAAGGCACAGGCUGGUGGUUGGCUUGCACGGUUCCGCGAGGAAGAUGAGCGCGUAGGGGCCAUCAAAGAAGGUGUUGAUCUGGCCAUCGCAGAAUGCGAAGAGUUGGAUAAUCUUCUUACUCUAUACACUGUGGAGCUCUCGACGUUAUCAGACGACAUUGCCUACAUUGAGGCUCAAGGCCAGGGUCUGCAGGUGCAGACGGCCAACCAGAAGCUGCUCAAGAAAGAACUCGAGUCGUUGCUCGAGACCUGCGCAAUCACAAGCAAUGAUCUCGCAGCCCUGCACUCCGCACCACUGGAUAAUCUACGUGGCUUGGAGGAAGCAGAGGCAUCCCUCGUUGUCCUGUUCAAGGCCAUGCUCAAAAUCGAUCCUAAAGUAACAGAAAAGACUGAAGACGCUCGCAUUGACCAAGAAUCUAGCCUCAACACCAGCUAUGGUCAGAUGCGCAUUGUGCAGGAGAAGAAGCAAAUGUACAUGCAAGAGAGCGGCCUGUUUAUGCGUCGCCUUGUCGAAUUCAUGGCGAGACAGUUUGAUGCAGCUUACGCGGAAACCAAGCGUGUUCUGGACGGGGCUCUGUCGAAGAAGGCUGACGCAAGCCACCACAACGCUGGAAGAGAGCUCAUCUGGAAGUACAGCCCCAUGAUGCUAUAUGCACGAGAUGUGGACCUCGAGAACUGGAACCGUGUCCUUCAAAUAUACCAAGAAAAGAGCCAGCCUCUUUACAAGAGCGAGUUCCAGAAUGUUAUCAAUCAUUGGCGCAGGAAUGCCAGGAAGAUGACGGGGGAUGAAGCCGAGAUGCUGUUCACAUCGCAAGCCGAGAAGCAGCAGGAGGGCGUUGCUACAGCAGCGAGAAAACUGACAGUUAAGAGAAGUCAAACAUUAGCGAGAGCUCUGCGAUCACCCCUGGCAGAUGGCGGCUCGCGUGCUGUUGAGAAGAGCGCCGCUGGAGAAGGUCGUACCAUGCCAUUUGAAGUCUUUGGCGCUGUUCUGGACGAUCUUCUGCCCCUAGUUGAGAUGGAGCAGAAUUUCAUCAUUGACUUCUUCCAUGCCACGACGCUGGAGUCACUUGAUUUCCCCGACACAGUAGCAGCGACGCCGCCUCACAAUCGCCGCGGCGGUGACUUGAAACGCCAUCGGCUUAUGGAACCUGAUCGCGAGCUGGCGCGGCGCGUUACACGUGCUAUGGAGAUUAUCUUUAUAUUUUUGGAAACCGAGAUUCAGCGUUUGAUGGAAUGGGUUCUCGGCCAAUUCCCACUACAAGGAGCUGGAGUUCUUGCAGUUCUUGAGAAGAAGAUGUCAGAAAUCAGUCAGUCAAACCAGGAUUUCCUCAACACGACGUUGCAGAAGGUGCACGAUUUGCUGGAAGGGCGCUUCGUCAAAUUUGUUAACGACCAGAUCCGAGCCAUUGAGGACACCAAGGUCAAGAUCAACAAACGCAAAGGCGUCAUCUCCUUCAUCCGUGUGUUCCCGACCUUUCUGACUGCAGUCGAGAACAUGAUUGAUGGCCUGGAUCCAAACCUGCCGCUGCGUCGCAUGAUCAAUCGCGAGUAUGAUCGAAUCCUCAAGUCAAUGUUUGACUCUCUCAUGGUCAUUGCUCGCGAGAAUCCGACUGCUGGUACUACCACGGGCACGGCGGACCCCGAAGGCAAGGAAGCCCUCAAUUUCCAUAUCCUGUUGAUUGAGAACAUGAACCAUUUCUUGGAGGAGACCGACUCGCGUGGCUUGGACGUACUGGAAAACUGGAAGGACCAGGCAAACACAGAGUACCAUGAGCACAUGGAGCUGUACCUCAAUGCCGUCAUGCGCCGACCGCUAGGUAAAUUGCUGGAUCACCUUGAGAACAUUGAGGCGCAGAUUCAGACUGGCAAGUCGCCUACUGCCAUUGCCAAGCAGCCGUCCAAUAGCCAGGCAGUCUUUGCCAAGGUGCUUAGCAUGUACGACGCAAAGGAUCUUCGCAAGGGCAUCGAUGCGCUGCGGAAGCGUGUUGAAAAGCACUUUGGCGAUGCGGAUGAGCCCACGCUUAGCCGGGGCCUCGUUAUCAAGGUGCUUACCGAGUGCGAGAGCUUUUACGGCAAAGUCGAGACCAGAAUUGGCAGUGUAACGACGAAUGUUUACGGAGGCGAUGUGCCGUUUGAAUGGCCUAGAGCGGAAGUCAAGGCAGCGUUCCGAGACAAAUGA